AGCCACAUGCUCAAAGAACGAUUGACAGCACUGCGAUGUUCAAGUAGUUCAAUGUUCCAAUGGAGUUUGGGAAAAGCUUGCUGAUUUACAUCCUUGGCAUCAUCUCCGGCCUGUCUAUUGUGCCGGCCGUGGUCUUCGCGCAGGAAAGAUUGCAGCUACACCAGGACAAAGCUCCUGGCAAAAGGACACCGGUGCCAGUCGUCCCUACAGCCCCAGCUGCAGUGGCUGCAGCCCCAGCUGCAGCGCCCACAGCAGCUCCAGCACCAGCAGGACCAGUUGUUGCGGCAGCAUUGGUUGUGCCUGGGCAACUCACACUUGCAGAGCUCAGGGACAUUUGGUUGCAUUUGGAUGCGCCUUCCAAACUUCCCUAUGAACAGCUUAUGAAUUAUGAGCCUGGACGUGGGAAGUUCCACAGCCAAGCAGGGCAAGACAAGUGGGUGGAGAAAGUCUUUAGUGGACAGAGAAAUCUAUUUGUAGUGGAGAGUGGCGCCUUAAAUGGCAUUUCCCACUCGAACUCUAUCUUCUUCGAAACCGAGAGGCAGUGGGAUUGCUUGCUGGUUGAGGCCAAUCCCUAUCUUUGGCCAGAAGUCCGUUCCAGGAACCGCAAGUGUCACUUUCUGACGGCGGGCCUUUCCAUCACUAAGGACAAGGGAGAAUUCCCUUUCAAGUUAGCAGGUCCACUGGGUGGCUUUACGGACACGAUGGCCUCAUCCCAUGUGUGGCGUGCUGAUCAUGAGAUCAAGAACAAUGCACCCUGGAUGACUGGGAGUCGUGGAAGUGGAAAGGUGAUCAACGUCAGUGCCUUCCCCUUGUACCAGGCGGGAAGACCAGGAAGAUGGGUGCCAGGCUCGACGGCACUUCAGCUGGUGCCAGGCCGUUCAAUCGGGGCCGUUCAUAGGGAUCAGCUAGCAUGACGAAGGCCUUAGACAAGAUCAUGGGAUCGUUUCGAAUUCGAAGGCGCUUCUCUCUCGCCUCCAAUCCAAGAAACGGUGCUUCUUCACCUGCCUUUCAACUUAGCACCAGGGCCCUGCUACAUAGGUUGAUAAGCCGGUGCCUUCUUCUUUUUUGGCUAAGCUAACGCGCUUGCCAAUGUGCAGGUGAUGGCGGCCCUCAACCGCACGACCUUGGAUUAUUGGAGCCUGGACACAGAGGGAAGUGAACUGGCGAUUCUGCAAGGCUCUGGUGUGGAGCAUUUUGAGCUGGGAGUUCUCACUAUAGAGCACAACAACGAGAUGCCCAAGAGGCAACAGAUCCAAGACUUCCUUCACCAACAUGGAACCGAGCGAGUGGUGGCAGGAGGCCAAGAUGACUUCUACGCCAAUCCAAGCUACUUUCGCAAGAGAAACUUACCCUUUCCCAAGUAGCACUUCACAAAGAGGGUGCGAAGGACUUCAAUGCAUCACCAACUGCAUAGUGAUCAGUUCGUUUAGGUGUUUCAGAUUGAAAUGUUUCACAACUGCGCGGAGCAUUUCAUGGGGCUUGGCAAGGAUGUAGUAUUCACGAUUGG